AAACAGCUUUCUCUUUUAUUUCAGUUGACGAGAAGAUCUUCUGUUGCCACGGCGGUCUCUCACCGGACCUGCAGGCCAUGGAGCAGAUCCGGCGGAUCAUGCGGCCCACCGACGUGCCCGACCAGGGGCUGCUGUGCGACCUGCUGUGGUCCGACCCCGACAAGGACACCACGGGCUGGGGCGAGAACGACCGCGGCGUCAGCUUCACGUUCGGCACUGAGGUGGUUGGCAAGUUCCUGUCGAAGCACGAGUUCGACCUGAUCUGCCGCGCGCAUCAAGUGGUCGAGGACGGCUACGAGUUCUUCGCUAAACGGCAACUCGUCACCCUGUUCUCCGCGCCCAACUACUGCGGCGAAUUCGACAACGCGGGUGCACUGAUGUCGGUGGACGAGACGCUGAUGUGCUCGUUCCAGAUCCUGAAGCCGGCCGACAAGCGCAAGCUGUACUCCGGCCUCAACAUGGGCCGCCCCAACACGCCGCCGCGCGCGCAGCCCAAGAACAAGAAGAACUAACCUGUGCGCGCCCGCAUGGACCCUCCCUCCGUGUACUCUGUCGGCAUCCUGCGGCCCUGUGCGCCAAACAACCCUCCAGGGUCGAAACUAUACCUAGACAUUCACAAACAAAUUCACAGGGUGUAUCCACCACACCACACGCCACCCUGUACUAUAC